AUUUGUCGCACGUGUGCGUUGUUCGAGACUCCCUUCUCUCACUUAACUUCCCUUCUCAGGUAUCAAAGCCAACCAGAGACUCUCGCGCUCUCUCUUCGCUCUGCGAUUGCCUGUCUUCAAUUUCGAUCUCAAAUCAGUGUCUGACUGGUGGCAUUUCUUUUUCUAAUGCAGAAAAAGACUAGCCGAAACUUCCAAGCUAAGGAACUUGUUAUCAAGUUAAGAUUAAGAAAUGGAAAUAAGCACUGUAAAAGAUGCAUUUGACCAUGUUGCUAAGAGGCAAAAAUUGUCUUCCUCUAAAUCCCAAGAAGUAGUUGAUCAAGUUGGCUAUGAAAUUGAGCAGGCAUUGACAAAAAUCAAGGCCAUUAAUGAUCCCGUGUCCCCUAUUGAUCUGAAAUCCAUUCUUGCUGAGCUAGAACUCAAGCUCAAUGCUAUCGGUCCACUCCACCGGUUAGAAGGACUGCAGAAGGAACGAAACAUAAACCUCAGCAAGUACGCUAAACUUCUUGAAAAGUCAUUCAAUCCUGACAUAUCCAAGGCAUAUAGAAAUGUUGACUUUGACUUCCACAUAGUGAAUCAGAUAGUUGCAAGUCACUUCUACCAGCAAGGCUUGUUUGACCUAGGAGAUUGCCUGAUAAAUGAAGCUGGAGAACCAGAAGCGAUUGCUAUUAGAUCUCAUUUCUUAGAAAUGUAUCAAAUACUUGAAGCUUUGAAGGUUAAGAACCUUGAGCCUGCUUUGAACUGGAUCAUUGCCAACCGUGAGAAGCUCAACCAAAAUGGUUCAACUCUUGAGCUAAAACUUCACAGGCUUCAAUUUGUGGAGAUUAUCCAGAAAGGAACUAAAGCUGAUGCACUCAGUUAUGCCAGAACUCACCUUGCCCCUUUUGCUUCUCUGCACACGAAUGAGUUUCAGAAGCUUGUGGUUUGCAUCAUAUGGGUCGGAAAGCUUGACAGAUGCCCGCAUGCCGAGUUAAUGUCUCCAACUCAUUGGGAGGAAUUUACUGAGGAGAUCACCCAACAGUUUUGCAGUCUUGUGGGACUGUCCUAUCAGAGCCCAUUGAGCGUGGCCAUAGCAGCUGGUGUUGAAGGGUUGCCUACACUGCUGAAGCUGGCUAACGUAAUGGCUGCAAAGAGGCAGGAGUGGCAAGCAAUGAAACAGUUACCAGUGCCAGUGGAGUUAGGUAAGGAAUUUCAGUUUCACUCGGUGUUUGUGUGUCCUGUAAGUAGAGAUCAAGGCAGUGAAGAGAAUCCACCAAUGCUGAUGCCUUGUCUGCAUGUCCUCUGCAAGCAAUCGAUCAUGAAGUUGUCAAAAAGCAGCUCUCGGACAUUUAAAUGUCCUUACUGCCCAACAGAGGCGUCAGCUGCACAAUGCAGACAACUUUAUUUCUGAUGUCUAAUAAGAUUCUAGAGCAAGUGUUAGCUGCUUCUUAUGUGGUCGUGGUCAUUAACUUUGUGCUUUUUUAAGCAUUUUUUAAAGAAGAUUGUAUAUACAUAGAAAGAAAUUCUUUGUACAUUCAUGGUCUA